AUGAAGCGCCCUUGGCGCCUGCUUUUCAGCCAAAUAUUUGCUAUCGUAUGGGCCGUCGCCUCUGUUUUCCUAGGCUGGGGAACCUUAUGCAUUGUCACGGGCUCCAAAUAUCCCAUCUUGGUUGUAACAUCAGAGUCUAUGGAGCCUGCCUUUCAACGUGGCGACCUCAUAUUUCUUUGGAACCGCGAGAAAAUCAUUCAUACUGGCGAUAUACCGGUUAUAUGGAUCCCAGGGAAGCCCUUACCAAUGGUCCAUCGAGUGAUCACGGUCAACCAUGAGGUACAAAUAGAUGGACAUCUCAAGUACAUGAUACUGACAAAAGGCGAUAACAAUGCCAUUGACGACAGAUUCAUGUAUUUACCGGGACGGCCAUUUGCCCUCCGCGAAGAAGUUUUUGGCUUGGUGUGGGGGUAUGUGCCUAAAGUUGGGUGGGCCAGUUUGGUUCUACAAGGUGGUUUCUGGAGAUGA